GUCUUCUAACGACCAAUCAGGUCUCAUUUAGCAUUACAACAUUAGUGCAUCCGUAGAAACGUCACUCUUCGCCAGUCGAAGCCUCCUCCGACUGUCCCAAAAAUCGUGUUAGUGUUGUGUUUGCAUAGAUUCAUUAAAUCAAAACUGCCAUUUCCAAAGGCCUAACCCACGAUGCCAGGGAGCCUCACCGGCUCUUACCGCUCCUUGUCGGGCACGAGCGACGUGUACCGCUCGACCACGGUGGCGGGUGGUGGCGGUGGGAACGCCGCCACCGGAAUCCUCGAAGGCAUGAAGAAAGCUUUUAGUUUCAUGGCAGGUGGGACAGCCGCCACCAAGGACCAAAAACUGAUCGAGAGGGUGGCCAGCGGGGGGCCAGUCGUCAUCUCAUCCAGGACAGAAAACUCGAAUAGUAAUAACAGGAAAAUGCCAGCUUCCGGUGUGGCUGAAGAAGCAGCCCUUUUGGGCACGAUGCCUUCAGAUAGCAUGGACGAUAUCGAACUGAAAAAUAUUCAGCUUCAGUUCCCUUCGACUCGGUCUUUGUCACGGGAUGAUUCUUCAGCUCAGGAGGAGGUGGUGGAGACCGAUCGAGGGAAUUUGGUGGUGGCGGUGCAAGGGUCGAGGAAUAAACCGGCGAUAUUGACCUACCACGAUUUGGGUCUCAACUAUGUCUCUAGUUUCCAAGCCUUCUUCAACUACAUCGACAUGCGGGCAUUGCUGGAAAACUUCUGCGUAUACCACGUCAAUGCCCCAGGUCAAGAGGAAGGUUCUGCGACACUUCCUGAAGAUUAUAUCUAUCCGACAAUGGACGAGCUCGCCGGCCAACUCGGCUACGUCCUUUCCCACUUCGGUUUGAAACAAUUCAUCGGUUUCGGCGUAGGCGCUGGUGCCAAUAUUUUGGCUCGUUUCGCCCUCAAUAACCCGAAUCAAGUGACCGCUUUGUGUCUCAUCAACUGUGUGAGCACCCAAGCCGGCUGGAUUGAAUGGGGCUAUCAGAAAUUAAACGCUCGGCAUUUGAGGUCCAAGGGGAUGACUCAGGGCGUUUUGGAUUAUUUGAUGUGGCAUCAUUUUGGACGGAAUACGGAGGAAAGGAACCACGACUUGGUGCAAGUCUACAAGAGCUAUUUCGAACGCAAUGUUAAUCCGACGAAUUUAGCGUUGUUUAUUGAUAGUUAUGUGCGUCGUACAGAUUUGAAUAUACAGAGGGAGUUGGAUCCGACGAAGCGGAAAGAAUCGACUACGUUGAAGAUGCCGGUUAUGAAUAUUACGGGGUCGUUGAGUCCCCAUGUUGAUGAUACUGUCACUUUUAAUGGGCGCUUGGAUCCCACCAACUCGUCAUGGAUGAAGAUUUCAGACUGCGGUAUGGUCCUCGAAGAACAACCCGGCAAAGUGGCCGAAGCUUUCCGACUAUUUCUUCAAGGAGAAGGCUACGUGGCGCCCCUGUCUCCCACAAAAAUGGCUCUUUUCCGCAAAACGUCGCUGGAAGAACUGCUCAAAUCGAAAAUGCCUAAUGGCGGACAAUGGCCAAUGAAUGUCAUCCAUAUCACCGAAAAUCCGAUAUCGGCUGUCGUCUGUUAAAUUAAUAAUAAUAAUAACCGCCGCCACUGCUCACACAAUCACACUAUCAACACAUAUACACACACUUAUUUGAGCUGUAUUGGAAUUUAUGGAGGAUUUGUCGGGCGGGAAGCUGGCGGACGCUUCGAGGAAUCCCCCUGUAUAUCAAGCGGGACGCAUUAAGCAUGUGAUGUUUUCGAAAAUAGGCGCUAAACUAGACUAGAAUCGAUUAUUUUUUAAGAGAUAUAUAAAGUUAGGUUUGAAAAUGGCGGCGACAGUCGGUAUAACAGGAAACUAUAAGAAAAAUGAGCUUAAAUUUUCGGUCAUAGGGGGCGUGAGUUGUGAUAAAUUUCAAUACAGACGUUUCGUUGGCCACUGCCCUUCUGAAGCACAUAUCUAGGCCCAGAUUGAGUUAUUUAGGCCCGCAACGAAAUUCUAUCACGCCAUAUCGACUAGGUGCGCUUAACUAGGACCUAACAACAGUGUUUUGAGUUUCUGUUGUGAUUAGUUGACGAUUACGUAUUUAAGAAAAAUAGCUGUAGGUGGAGCUUUACCUGUUGAUAGAAAGCCUACUAUUUAAUGAAUUUUAAGGAGAACCCCUCACGAACAAGCAGUUCUUAUCAUUUCGUAAGGUUAUGUAAGAUAAGAUCGGUGUCGUUGGAUGCUGUUCGGUUUUUAUAUUGUUGCGAUGUAGUUUUAUGUUUUGAAAUGUGAUGAAUAAUCGUAUUGUGCCUCACUUUGUUAAUGGUUUAAGUUAAGCACUAUUUAAUUUUAAUAAAAUGUUUAAAACGUU